AAAGAAGAUAACCGAGUCACCGACGAAACGCCGGCGCGGUCCGAUGCCUCUCCGGCCGGACCUCCGAUCCACCGGCCACGUGCUCCGGCAGUCCCACUCCACCUUCGUCUCCGCCGCCCUCCCCCUCCUCCUCGCCGCCAUUCUCCUCCUCUCCUUCCGCUCCGCCCUCCUCGCCGGAACCCUAACCCUAACCUCUCUCUCCGACCGGAAUCCUUCCCUUCUCUCUCUCCUCUCCUCCCCUCCAUCCCCUCCUCCUCCUCCUCGUCGCCUCCCUCGCCGAUCCCCUCCCCCAACCCUCUCCUCCACGUUGCCGACGACCUUUUCCCGCCGGUCCCUGCCGUACCCACCAACUCCACUCUUCCCUCGCCUCCUCCUCACCUCCUCAUCCUUCCCCCCUUCACCCGUCCACUUCGUCCUCCCUGCUGCUGCUGCCGCCGCCGCUGACCUCGCCGCCAACCAUCUUGAUCGCGCUGAUGCUGUUGCUUUCCUCUACCUCCUCACCGUCCUCUCCCUCGCACAUUCCCUUGCCAUCAUCGGCUUCAUCUUCGUCUACUCCUCCGCACUUGGGAUUGUCUUUUUCUCUGUUGCCACUGCACAUCUUGGCCACCCGAUCUCGCUCGUUGACGCCCUUGUCUCUGGCGCGUCCCUCGGGAUCCGUCGGCUUUCGGGGUUUGUUUUCUUGAAGUGGUCGGUGCGGGAUGCUUUGAUUCAGUUCUUGUGUAUCUGUUUCUUCUCUGAGAUCGCUGACCAGGCGAAGCUUUUCAAGCUCUUUAUCAAGGUCAAGCUUAUGCCUUUCUCUCAUAGUGGUGGCGGUGGCCUUUGGGAUCCUGAGCUCUCGGGGUUUCUGUUCGCGUGGAUGGUGCUAGACACUGCAGCCUCGCUGCUUCUUUCGGUGCAUCCAUGGGUUAUGAUUAUGGAUCACAAUGAGAGAAGAAGGGGGAGGGAUUUGGCGAGGGAGGGGUUCUAUCUGGUCUCGCUGAUGCCUGUGCAGGCGUUCUGUAUCAAAUGCUUGGAGACAGUGCUGUGUGGCAGCUUGGGGAGGUGGGCUGCGGUGAUGGCAGGGGAGAGAUCGAUUGCGGGUUUGUUGCAUUCAAUGGCAGAGGUCUACUUCAUGGUAGUGUGGUUGGUGUACUACUUCACAGUGAGGUGCAAGGAUGCAGAGUUGGAUGGCCGGAGAUUUGGCAGGGGGGAUUUGGAGGAUUGCCUCAGUGGCUUGAGAUGACUGCAGUGGAAGCACUUGCGGGCUUAUUGGAUUUUAUUCCUAGAUCAACACGCAAUUGUAGAGGUAUUGGAAAUGGCCUUCUUUGUUGAUUUUGUUGCUGUUAGCUGGCAUUGUUGUGCGUUCUCUCUGUUUUGUUAUUGUACUUGUGAUUCUGCUCACUGAUGGGGAGUAGUGGAUUGACAUGCAUACCAGUCACAGUCACAGUCACAGAUUGCCUGUACAUUUUGCUGCAUACUAUAGUUCUUAAUGAAUUUGUUGUUCCUAAUGCCAUUAGACAUAAUUUAUGUUUUUAUAUUUCUUAUAGUAGAUCCUCAUGAAGACAUCACUCAAUUUUUUUU